CGUGUCCCAGACCAUCCACACUCUUCUCUUUCCCCCUCUGGCCUGUGGUCCUGAAGGUGAAAACUUCAGAAGAUGGAGGCGUGUCCAGAGAGCAGCACCCAGCCCGGAGGUCCCAACGUGGACCUGACGGAGGACCUGGCCAAGCAGCUGGAGGACAUCAUCAGCACCUACCAGGCCGACGGCGUCCCCGAAGGGCCCGACGACCCGGACCGGGCGCAACCCGGCAAGGACGGCCGGCGGGACCAGAAACUGGAGAAGAAGAUGCUGAAAAACCUGGGGAAGGACGCCACGCUGCUCAUGCAGAGCCUCAACAAACUGGACACGCCCGAGAAGAAGCUGGAAGCGUCCAUCAAGAAACACGCCGAGCUGCUGGAGGAGCACAGGAGUGACCAGAAGCAGCUGAAGGUCCUGCAGAAGAAGCUGCUGCAGACCAUGAAGGAGAAGGACCAGCUCCAGAGCGAGCACAGCCGGGCCGUGUUGGCUCGCAGCAAACUGGAGGGACUGUGUCGAGAACUGCAGAGGCACAACAAGACCUUGAAGGAGGAGACGCUGCAGAGGUGCCGCGAGGACGACCUGAAGAGGAAGGAGAUCACCACGCACUUCCAGGGCACGCUGGGAGACAUCCAGGCUCAGAUCGAGGAGCACAGCAGCAGGAACACCAAACUGUGCGAGGAGAACAGCGCCCUGGCCGACAAGCUGAAGGGGCUCAUUACUCAGUACGACCAGCGGGAGGCGAACCUGGAGAAGGUGUUCAAGCACCGAGACCUGAAGGAGAAGCUGCUGGACACCAAACUGACGCAGGCCAACCUGCUGCUGAAGGAGGCGCAGGAGAAGCACAAGCUGGAGAAGGAGCUGCUGCUGCAACACGCCGCCCAGUGGAAGUCCCAAGUGAAGCUGCUGAAGGAGCAAGAAGCCGACAUGAAGGCGCAGCUGCACUUGUACUCCCAGAAGCUGGAUGAGUUCCAGGGCAGCGUGUCCAAGAGCAACAGCAUCUACAGCAGCUUCAAGCAGGACAUGGACAAAAUGGCCAAGAAGAUGAGGAAGCUGGAGAAGGAGAGUCAGUCGUGGAAGAGUCGCUUUGACGGCUGCAACAAGAGCCUGCUGGACAUGGCGGCCGACAAAGCGGUGAGGGACAAGGAGCUGGAGCUGCUCACCACCAAGAACCAGAAGCUGGAGAGUCUUUGCAGAGCUUUGCAAGGCGAGAGGAAGAGCCUGAGUGAGAAGGUCCAAGCAGCUGAAGUCCAAGCAGGCGAAGCCGAGGCCACAACGAAGGAUGCCUCCAAGGAGGACCACCAUCAGGAGCCAGAGACCACCACCUUGGCGACGCCUCUGAGCCAGGAACUGGCGAAGCUGAAAACUGAACAGGCUCUGCUGAAGGAGCUGGCCGGCUCCUUCAUGGUCUCCCACGUGGUGACCACAGACCAGCAGUCUCCAGGACCUUCCGACGGCACCCAGGACCACGUGGAGAACCGCACAGAGAUCAGCGACAGCGAACCUCUCCAGAACAAUGGACCUCAAGAAGAACUGGAGUCUGUUGAUUGAAAACAAAGCUUUUUUUACGUGUUAAUAAACGCUUCCUGUC